AUGUAUAAUGAAAAAAAUGCGCAUCCUGUAGAUGGCGUGAGAAAAAAAUCGAAUACUUUAUCAGUCAUCAAAAAAUCUUCAAGAAAAUCUCGUCAUACUAAGCGUAAUAUAGUAAGAAAAAAACCAAAAGGACGAAAAAAAGUUGCUAAUUCUCGGAAAUUUGCUGAAGGUUCGCUCAUAAGACGAUCACUUACACCAUCACUUGAUCCAAAAUUAUUACGUCAAUUUGAGCAAGAAGAUCGUCCCAAACGUGUUUUGCGUUCUGCAACUACUGUAACUUCUAAUUCUGGUACUGACUGUAAAAAUAAUCAUCGCGCUGAUCGAAGUACUUCCAUGAAUGUCACUCAUACUAAAUACGCUCUGAAAGAUUCAAAUUUAAAAUCGAAAAAAUUUACCAGCGAGGUAUUUACUGAAAAAAAUACAGACUUUGUUAAAUUGCUUGACCGGAAUCAGAUUCAGCGGAAACGUUCGUAUUCUAAAUCUGGCAACAAAUCAGGAAAAGCUAAAAAACGAUCAAGAAAGGUACUACGUGAGAAUGAUUCAGCGGUAGCAGAUGUGAUUGGUACAUUAUCAGAUUCCUCUCCCCAAUCAAAUUUAAACGGUUUUUCAAUUGCUUCCAAUUCUUCGGAUGUAUUUAAGAUUCUGAGUAGGGUGGGCAGACGAUGUAGAAUACCAGCAAAAACUCAAACUACGAGCAUCAAUUCGAACUGGAAAUUAACUGGCAAAGCAUGUCGAAAAACUGUUUACAUUAACUCCUUUCACUCACUGCACUGCUCGCCUAAGCAGUUGUGCUAUCCAGAAGCUGUACAUUCUAAAACUGGCGAUAUUUUGCGAUCACGUUAUUGCGUACGUGUUAAUUCUACUGACGGUGAACCAAAUUUCGCUUACAUUUGUCACUUGUUUAAUGAUCCUGAUACAGGUGUGCCAUCAGCAACAAUACUGUGGUACUAUACUGCAGUACAAAUCAAAAGUGAAACUUCUUCAAUGCCAAAGGCAGAUGAACGUGAAUUAUUUGCGUCAAAACAUAUAGAUAUUAUACCACUUGAUGCUAUUGAUGAAAUAGUGUAUAUACUAACGUUCAACGAGUACAACAGAUUUAUGGCCGAAACGACUAACGAUGCAUAUCCACCAUCGCAGCAAAUAUCUGAAGAAAGCUUACUCUGGAGGAAAGGUGAGGAUAAUUACCCUAGGCGAAAGCUUCUUCCGCGUGAUGAUACACCGCUUGAACUGGUAAGUUUUUUGUCAAAGCGUACCAUGAUAAUAUGA